AUGAACAAUAAUCUGCAAUUGGACCAACCUCGACAACAAGCAUCAGUACAACAACAACAUCAAAUUCCUUUUGAACAGUUAACAACAAAGAGUUUCCGAUGUGCUCAGUGUGAUGGAUAUCAUCAUUCGUUAUCUAGUGAAUGUGAAAAAGUAGUUGAAUAUCGAUCUAAUCUAAAAGAACAAGUUGAAAAUGCAUUAUCAGCAGGUAAACUACAACGUUUAGUGCCACAAGAUCAUGUUCAACCAACGGAAUUUCGGCUGAAGCAAAACGAAUUCCCGUCACUACCAGCACUAAUGUCUUGCAUUACUCCAUGGAAACAAACUUCAGUACAAUCAGCAGUAACAAACAAUAUAAAUGGAAUCGAAGAUAUAACGAAAAUAUUGCUAUCGAUCAAUCAAAACAUUUUGGACAUGAAAGAUAAUACUCGGCGUAUCGAUGAAAAAUUAGAUUGCAUUAUAACGAGAAGCAGUUUUAACUCUCAAUUAAAUUAUUUGAAAACGGAUUACACGGCUCGACGAAAACGUAGUUCAUUUCCACUACCACAACUCUCUCCAUCGCAACCAACGUCGAAUGCAUCUAUCAACACGCCGAAUAAUGAAACUGAUCAAAAUAUGAGCCGAUAG